AUGCACAAUCAGGAAUGUAGGCUGUUGCCAAACAACACCUUCAUAAUUCAUGACCUAAGUAGUGCUGAUGAAGGAUUGUACUAUUGCAAUGUAUCCAAUAAAUAUGGCAUCGCUCGCGCAACCAACAGGCUUCAAGUCUACAAACCGACAUACUUCGUGAAGAUUCCUUCACCACAGAAGCUGAUGUUGGAAGCAGGACACUCCGCUGAGCUUCACUGCGAAGCUAUCGCAGAUCCUCGACUAGUGGUUCAGUAUAAAUGGACGAUUAAUGGGAAAUUGAUUAAUGAAAGCAAAACAUUCAACAUACUUCCUGAUCGAUUACGUAUCAAUUCGGCCCGAGGCAGACAUUCAGGCGUUGUCGAUUGCGCUGCAGUCACGGAUGUCGACGUCAAACUUGCGUCGAUGAAGCUUAUUGUAAAAGAUGUUCCCGCGCACCCAAUUCUGGAGCCGGCAGUAUGCUCAGAAAGAAAAGCAGUAAUAAGAUGGAAAGCAUCGAAUGAGCAUGGCGACCAGAUCAAGAAGUACAUAGUAGAAAUGCAAACAGAUUUCCGCAAGAACAUCUGGGAACGGGUUGUUGACGAAAUCAAUGUUGAAAAAGAGCACUUCGAGGCUGACGUUACUCUAACGCCUUGGGUAAACUACACUUUCCGAGUAAUUGCCGAGAACUCACACGAUGUUAUCCGAACGGUUUCCUGCCAAACAAGACCUUCAUUCCCGUACUCGAAUCCAUCAGGUGUGAAAGCGGAAGGCACUGAGGCGGACAAUCUGGUUGUGUACUGGGAACCUAUGGACAAAUACUUUUGGAAUGCACCUAAUCUGCAAUACCUUGUUAGAUAUAAACUAAACGAACCUCAUUCUGCAUGGACGGAGUUCCUCGUGGAAGAUUCUCUUGCCAAUCACACAAUCAUUCGCGAGCAACCGACUUUUCGUGAAUUUCUUGUACAAGUGCGUGCUGUGAAUGCUAUAGGACCUAGUAUAUUAGAGCCGGAAACCAUUAAGGGAUUUUCUGGAGAAGACGUGCCUUCCGCACCUCCGAGCAACUUUCGGAUUGAGAAAAUCGUGAAUUUUUCGUCGGUAAACUUUGCUUGGGAACUUGUGCCAGAAUCAACUGUAAAUGGUUAUUUCCGAGGUUACGAAGUACGUGGCUGUCGACUUCAAACACAAAAAAAAAUUCAUUGGGCUUCACGAUUUAGAUCGAGUUUUGGCGGGAUUCUCUUCCUGCUCCUGAUUACUACUUUGUCAGCCAAUUCGAACUAUACUGCAGUUAUUCGUACGAAAAAUCGACACCACGGAAGUGAGCCCAGUCCUCCUGUGCAUUGGACAACUCCUGAAGGAUGCAAGUUUAAACAAAAUGAAGUCCUGCAACGGCUUCAGAACAUUCCACUGACUAAUUUCAUUUCAGUACCAUCAAAAGUUAGCAAUUUGCGAGUCUUCGCCGUAGGAGCUCACGCCAUACUUGCAUUUUGGGAGCCACCAAAACAUCCUAAUGGACAGCUUCGAGGAUACUUUCUUUCAUUUGAAAACGAUCGCAGUAAAUUUUUUUAUAGAAAUCGCCAUUUUAGCCUGUUCGAAUUUUGUGUUUUAGACGAGACAGAGGAGACAUAUGUGUUACAUCGACAGUUGGCAUACCUUCAUGAAAAAUGCGAACCUGAUUCCGGGUACAAAAUAUCCGUAUGGGGUGAAACCAGCGCCGGUGAGGGAGAGCGAAGUAUGAGACCAGCCAGGACGUGGCCUUCCAAAAAUCCCGAUCCGCCAACAUUUGUAGUCAAAAAUGUUUUACUAGAUAGCGUAGAAGUGGAAUGGAAGCCCUCAAAUAACAAUGUAUGGCGGAUGCCUGGCUCAUCAUUUUACGUAAACUAUUCUUUAGUAGCGACUAUAAGGGUAACAUCAAGUAACGCUGCAAAGCAAGGUACCAAUGCAGACUCAACGGAGUAUUCCGAAUCUGCAAUGAUCUACCUUCCCAAUACUCAUCUGAAAGUUAUCGGGCUACGCGAAGGCUCGAAGUAUCAGCUCACAGGAGUGUCUAAAGACGGAAAUCGUCUGGCAUAC